AUUAAGAAUGGACAUUAGGGUCACUACAAAUGAAACUAUGCACUUUAAUAUGGGCAGCGACUGGUGUGUUCAGAUAGGCGAGGGAAUGAGCCGCUUCACUGUAAACGGCAUAGCAGGAUGGGGCGUGUGUCAGACGCUAAGAAGAUAUGAUGGAGUAAGAAGCGAGUUAGUCCCAGCAAAGGAAUCGAUGCCGAGGUUGUACAGAGAACCAGACACGGUGCCUCCUGGAGAUUUGGUGCUGCUUGUUGUGUCACUGUUAGAGAGGGCCUGCCAAGUGUCAGAUUUGACUGGCGGGAAAGGAUCACAACUUGCAAAACUAGUGGAGUUGCAGAGCCAAAUGCCUGUGGAGUACACAGUUCCACCUGGUUUCUGCAUAACGACGGCUGCAUUCGACAAACAUUUAAAGAACAACCCAAAUAUGAAGAAGGCUGUGACAGAACUGAGUGAAGUUUCUCGUACCAUCAGGGAGGGGAAUCUUAAAGAAGAAUGUGAAAGAGUGGUUGACUUGGUAUCCAAGACUGAUCUCUCAAAGGCUUUGAAGGAUGACAUCACUAAGAUCUUCACCAAGAUUUUUGGAGAUUCGGAAAGCUCAAAAACAUUCGCAGUUCGCUCUUCGGCAGUUGGUGAAGAUAGUUCAUUGACCUCUUCUGCUGGCCAGAUGCAAACUUUCCUUGGUGUGAAGACUUUGGAUAAGAUAUUUCAAGCAGCACAAGAUUGUUGGUCUUCCCAGUUCUCAUUUCAAGCUGUACAGUAUCGAAGGCGGUACGGUCGACCAGUGAACUCCGCUAUGGCAAUAGUCGUACAAGAAAUAGUCCCAGGAGAGAGUGCUGGUGUUUUGUUUAGCCGCGAUCCACUGACUGGUAACCCAACCAAGAUUGUCAUCAAUUCCAACUAUGGACUCGGAGAGUCUGUAGUUUCUGGGGUGGUAGAGGUAGACACGGUGAUACUACGGGUUGACCUUAACAAGUCAUUGACCGUGGAAAGCAAGGUGAUUGGUCGUAAAGAAGAGGCAAUUUACGUCGCAGAGGAGGGCGGGACCCAGACCCAGCACCAGACUGACAGUAAAUCAGCGGAGAGCUCGAUAUCCGAUGAGCUGUGUCUCAAACUUGGACGAAUUGCACUUAUGUUGGAUGAGUGUUUUUCUGAUGCCAGGGACAUUGAAUGGGCCGCUGUUGGGGAUACCAUCUAUCUGCUCCAGGCUCGUGCCAUCACAACGUUGGAUGUUCCAUCUCAAUACGAGCUUCUUCAUGAAUUUGAUUCUGGUGUAGCAUCCGAAAACAUCUGGUUGACCACUGCUAAUGUCCAAGAGAUGUGCCCUGGUGCGGUUUCCCCACUGACCACAUCAUUCGUUGUCGACUGUGACCUCAUAGAGCAGAUGCACGGCAGUGAGAUACUUAAUAAGGCCAUAUCUUUCCCAGCGGUUCGACAAAUCUUUGUGUCCUGCAACCACCCAUUUAUGAGUUUAACGUGCAUCGUGACAACCAUUCUGAAGAUGAUGAGAAUAUCCGGAAACAAAGUGGAUGGAGUUCUCUUUGGCAAGCCUUUCGACGAAGGUUGCGUUGCCGAGGCCAAGAAGUUAAGCGAACCUUUGGUGUCCGGAUGGCGCAUGACAUGGAACACACUUCAAUUUCUUGUGUCGAUCAUAUUCAAUCGCGGGAAGUUAGAGAGAGAGUUCGCUAAAGAGGUUCAACAUAUGAAGAGACAGUGGGACACUGCACAGGAGCAAUUGGAAGACAUAAACAAGUACCCGGACGGUCGAGCUAGGGUUUUUCUUCAUCACGGUAUAGAAACGCACCGGGCAGGUAUCUGGCAGCAGAUGGUUACAUCCAUAAUCAGCAAAUACACGACCAAGGAGCUGCUUCCAGGCCACCUUGCCCUGUUGUUGUCCUCCUGUCCGAACAUGGAGAGUGCCCAGGUGCCCUUAGCAAUGGAGAAAGUUGCAAAAGCCAUUCUGAAAGAAGAGAAAAGUGAACAGUUUCAGGUGAUGACUCCCGACGACGCCCUGGACUGGCUGCAGGGAGCAUCAAGCGGUGAAGCAGGGAUAGUGUUUGCUGAUUUCCUUCGAUGCCAUGGUCACAGGUGUGUCCGUGAGAUUGAGCUUCGGGACAAGUCUUGGGGUAUGGAUCCGGUGCAACUGAUGCCAUCUCUUCAGGCAAUUCUAGCGACGGAUUCUCACAACUCAUCAGAGAGAAAACGUGUACUGAGUGCUGCUGAGGCAGUGGACCAGCUUGGUCUGGCCCUCCCUGCUCUUGCAAGAAAGAUCUUAGUGAGUUUCCUCGUUCCUAAGGCCAGAGCAGGUGUGGCAUCCAGGGAAUCAAGCAAGUCAAUGUACAUUAAGGUCAAUCACAACCUGAAGGAGGCGUACUGGAGGUUGGCCAAUCUGAUGGUCCGAGAGGGUCGUAUACCUGAUGAAGAUUUGCUGUUUUUCUUCCUGCCCAGUGAGAUAGAUCGUCUUCUAAGGAAUGGAUCUCCUGCUCUGAUAUCCAGGGCGCUGAAGAGACGUCGUAAUCUACCACUGCAGGAUGCCCAAACAUACCCGCUGAUGGUUCCAGGUCUACCACAGCCGAUUGUUGAGGAGAUUGAUAACGAUAUCACAGAAAUGGAAUUGAAAGGAACGCCAAUCAGUCAAGGGGUCAUCAAGGGAACAGCCAGGGUCGUCACGAAGCUGCAAGAUGCAGCCAACAUCAAGAAAGAUGAUAUCCUUGUGACCAGAGUUACCGAUAUUGGUUGGUCUCCGUACUUCCCCCUCAUCAAAGGAUUAGUGACUGAGAUUGGAGGCAUACUCUCUCAUGGUGCUGUUGUGGCGCGUGAGUUCGGUAUCCCAUGUGUGGUUGAUGUGCAGCAUGCAACCUCCGUCUUCAAAUCUGGUGAUGUUAUCGUUCUGAACGGGAGCCGAGGUACGGUGGAGAAAAUCACGCCACAAAUAAUGACGUCACCUACUCAAGAGACGCCGCUGCCAACAAUGAUAUAGAUAUAUAUGGCUUUAUAUUUGAUUUUGGGUUGAACAAAGAAAAAUUUACUAGAGCGGGAUUUGAACCAACGAUCUCCGGUGUAACGUGCCGGCAAAGAUAUUAACAAAAUUUGGAGACCACUAAUCGUUGGUAGAGCCCCGGCACGUUAAACCGGAGGUCGUUGGUUAAA